AUGACUACUGUCACUCCCGUCCCAGCCAGUGACGACUACUACGAUCUGGGCUCGUUUGGCCACACCGUCACUACCACGAGUGCGGACGCCCAGAUCUGGUUCAAUCGAGGCCUGACAUGGGUGUAUUCCUUCAAUCAUGUGGAAGGGUCCUACUGUUUUGAACAGGCCAUUGCGCACGAUCCCACCUGCGCAAUGGCGUAUUGGGGUCUUGCUUAUUCAGUAGGCCCGAACUACAACAAGCCGUGGGAGAAGUUCGAUCUGGGCGAUCUCCACACUUCCGUGCAGCGCGGCUACGAUGCAGCCCAAGCAGCAAAGAAGCAUGCGGUGAAUGCAACUCCCCUUGAGCAAGCUCUGGUCGAUGCGAUCCAAUUUCGUUUCCCGACCGGCCAGCCUCCCAAGGACUACCCGCUCCUUAAUAGAAGCUAUGCCCAGGCUAUGAAGCCAGUAUACGACGCUUUCAAGGAUGACCUGGAUGUUGCCACCCUAUAUGCAGAUGCAUUGAUGAAUAUGACCCCUUGGGCCUUGUGGGAUCUGUUCACCGGCCAGCCCAACCCGAAUGCGCCCACGAUGGAGGUGAAAGAUGUGCUAGAAAGGGCGUUAGCCCAGGAGGCUGCAGGAGCCUAUCUUAACCCCGGACUGCUUCAUCUGUAUAUUCACUAUAUCGAAAUGUCCCCUACCCCCGAGCUAGGCAUUAAUGCCGCCGAUCAUCUACGCGAUCUCGUCCCUGAUGCUGGUCAUGUUCGUCAUAUGCCGACCCAUCUGGAUAUUCUCAUCGGCGAUUGGCGCCGCUCAAUCUCUUCCAAUUACAAGGCAACUGUCGCAGAUGAUAAAUAUUUCCACAAAGAAGGCGCUAAAAACUUCUACACCUUCUACCGCCUACAUGCCUAUCACUCUUUGAUCUACGCCGCCAUGCACGCUGGCAAAAAGAAGACCGCACUUGACGCAGUGACCCGUAUGGAAUCAACAGUGCCCGAGGAAGUCCUUCGCAUUGAGUCCCCACCUAUGGCUGACUGGCUGGAACAAUUCAUGUCCAUCCGUCUGCACGUGAUGGUUCGCUUCGGCAUGUGGGAUGAGCUCAAAAGCAUGGAUCUUCCCCACGAUCGCGUUCUGUUUUCCGGCACCACAGCUGUCACCUACUACGCCAAGGGCGUAGCGUUUGCUGCCACAGGAGACGUGCCCAGAGCCCGGGAGCAACAGCAGCUCUUCAAGGAAGCUUGUUCUCGAGUCCCCGAUACGCGUCGCGCCUACAACGGCAAAAUGAAUGACAUCCUCAAGGUGGCCGCAGCCAUGUUGGACGGAGAGAUUGAAUACCGCUGUGCCAACUACGAUGACGCAUUCGCGUCUCUCCGCGAAGCAAUCGAGCUCGAAGAUAAGUUGCCAUACAGUGAGCCUUGGUCGUGGAUGCAGCCUGUCCGCCAUGCGUAUGCUGCCCUGCUCAUGGAACAGGGCCACCUGGAAGAAGCAGCGCAAACGUAUCGCGCGGACCUGGGUCUGGACCACUCUAUUAUUCGACCACGUCGACACCCUAAUAAUGUUUGGUCGCUACAAGGAUAUCAUGAGAGUCUGGUGCGACUCGGGCGGGUGGACGAAGCCGCUGUCAUUGAGCAGCCGCUGAAGUUGGCUCUGGCCGUGGCGGAUGUUCCAGUCAAUUCGUCAUGCUUCUGUCGCUUGGAUGUUUCUCAAGUGCCUGAGGUUUUUGAUAAAUACACCACCAGGAAAAUGUCUGAUGGAAAGUGCUGCGAAGGUUUGAAGUUAUGA